AUGACAAUGACGGCGACGACGACUCCCCGCAAGAAGGAUGCCGUGCUUGUACCCGAAAAUGAGCGCUUCCUACGAUGCUGCGCCGACGUUGCCAGCGCCUUGAUCGAAGACUACGAGUCGUCCAAGGACCCCAAGAACCCCAAGAAGGAUAUCAAUCUCAAUAGCCUACGAGCCAAACUGUCGAGAAAACACAAGCUCGCCAAUCUUCCGCCGUUGACCGCCAUUAUCGCCGCCGUGCCCGAACACUACAAGAAAUACAUCCUGCCCAAACUUGUUGCCAAACCAAUACGAACGUCGUCGGGCAUUGCUGUUGUGGCCGUCAUGUGCAAGCCACAUCGGUGUCCUCAUAUCGCAUACACCGGCAACAUAUGUGUGUACUGUCCUGGCGGUCCCGACUCCGACUUUGAGUACAGUACACAGUCCUACACCGGGUACGAGCCCACGUCGAUGCGCGCCAUUCGCGCACGAUACGACCCCUUCGAGCAAGCCCGCGGACGAGUCGACCAGCUCAAGUCGCUCGGUCAUUCGGUCGACAAGGUCGAGUACAUCAUCAUGGGAGGAACCUUCAUGUCUCUUGCCCCGACGUACCGAGAGGAGUUCAUUUCCCAGCUGCACAACGCCCUGAGCGGCUACCAGACCAACAAUGUGGACGAGGCCGUCGAAGCAGGCGAGAUGAGCAACGUCAAGUGUGUAGGCAUCACAAUAGAAACACGACCGGAUUACUGCUGGCAGCCUCACUUGACAGAUAUGCUACGGUACGGCUGCACUCGACUCGAGAUCGGCGUCCAGUCGCUUUACGAGGAUGUGGCGCGCGACUCCAACCGUGGUCACACUGUAGCCGCCGUGGCCGAAACCUUCUGUCUGGCCAAAGAUGCCGGGUUCAAGGUGGUAUCACACAUGAUGCCCGACUUGCCAAACGUGGGUAUGGAGCGGGACAUCGAUCAGUUCAAAGAGUACUUUGAGAAUCCCGCCUUCCGAACCGACGGCUUGAAGAUAUACCCGACACUCGUCAUUCGCGGCACUGGUCUGUACGAGCUAUGGAGGACGGGUCGAUACCAAAACUAUACGCCCAACGCCUUGAUCGACCUGGUGGCAAGAAUAAUGGCUCUUAUCCCUCCGUGGACUCGUAUCUACCGCGUCCAAAGAGAUAUACCGAUGCCCCUGGUGACGUCGGGCGUCGAGAACGGCAAUUUGAGAGAAUUGGCGCUGGCCCGCAUGAAGGACUUUGGUACCACGUGCCGCGAUGUCCGCACGCGCGAAGUUGGCAUCAACGAGGUGAAGCACAAGGUUCGUCCCAACCAGAUCGAGCUCAUCCGUCGCGAUUAUGCUGCCAACGGUGGCUGGGAGACUUUCCUCGCCUACGAAGACCCCAAACAGGACAUCCUGGUUGCUUUGUUGAGGUUACGCAAGUGCACGGUAGAGUACACCUACCGUGAGGAGCUCAAGGAUCAGCCAAGCAGUCUCGUCCGGGAGCUCCACGUUUACGGCACUGCUGUGCCUGUACAUGCCCGCGACCCCAAGAAGUUUCAGCAUCAGGGCUUCGGCACACUCCUCAUGGAAGAGGCGGAGCGCAUCGCGAGGGACGAGCACGGCAGCGACAAGAUCAGCGUCAUUAGUGGUGUGGGUGUCAGGAGUUAUUACAAGAAGUUGGGGUACUGGCUCGAUGGGCCGUACAUGAGCAAGUGGCUCGAUGGCCGGCCGCAGGAUGGAGCAUGA